AUUCAAUUCGUUCAUUCACGCGUCAGCUGUCCGACAAGAAUAACGUGUUUUUGACGUAAAUGUCGGAUAUUUUCAUUGAUAUUGUACUGAUAGUGGCGUGAUAUUUAUGACGUCUUGUGUUAAUUAAUUCAAGAGUUCGAAGCCAGUUCUAUGGCUCUGUAGCUACUAACAAUUUUCUAUAGUUUAAAUGUGUUAACUUACGAAUAAUGGCAAAUUUUAGUAAACUAACCGCCAGGACAGACGUAAAGAUAGCCCUUGCUGCUUCGGCUGCACUGAGUGCUUGGUAUGUCAGGAAUUCUUUCAAAACAAAAGGCAAAAGCAGUGAUGGGCAGCUCAGUACACUAUCCCCAGAAGAAAGAAUCCAGUAUAUGAUCAAAGAGAAGAACAAAAAAGGUCCAAAAGCACAAGUGGAUGCGAGGUUCUUUGCGGAACUCAAGGCACUAUGGAAGAUUAUGGUGCCCGGUCUGUGGACCAAGGAGGCUGGGUACAUGGCUCUUAUUGCCUUCUCCUUGAUAUCAAGAUCUAUGUGCGACCUGUGGCUCAUCCAGCACACCACUUUGAUAGAAGGAUCAAUCAUAUCAAUGAACAAGAAGGAGUUUGUGAGGCUUCUGACACAGUUUUUCACUGCUAUGCCUCUGAUAUCGUUAGUGAACAACAUACUAAAAUGGAGCAUAGGGGAGAUGAAACUGAAUAUCCGAACGAAUCUGACCAUGCACCUGUAUGAAAACUACAUGAAAGGCUUCACAUACUACCAGGUGACGAACCUUGACAACCGCAUCUCCAACGCGGAUCAGCUGCUCACCACCGACGUGGAGAAGUUCUGCGAGACCGUCGUAGACCUGUACAGCAACAUCAGCAAGCCGAUGCUGGAUAUAGGGAUCUAUCUGUACAGGCUGACUAUGAAUCUGGGCGCUACGACUCCCGGCAUAAUGAUGGCGUAUCUAUUCCUGUCUGGAGUGCUGCUCACACACCUCAGGAAACCGACCGCGCGCCUCACGGUCGAAGAGCAGAAGCUGGAGGGUGAAUUCAGAUACGUGAACUCACGACUCAUCACCAACUCUGAGGAAAUCGCUUUCUACCAGGGUAACCACAGAGAGCAGCUGACUCUGCUGGCGAGCUUCUACAAGCUGACGCGGCACCUGCGCCGCUUCCUCAACUUCAGGGUGGGCAUGGGCUUCGUCGACAACAUCAUCGCUAAAUACAUUGCUAUCACGGUGGGUUUCUUCGCGGUGUCCCGGCCGUUCUUUGUGAAGGACCACAAUCUACUCACCACUGGCAGCGAUAACGAUAGGUUUAAGCACUACUACACAUACGGGCGCAUGCUGGUCAAGAUGGCGGAAGCUAUAGGCCGGCUAGUGCUCUCCGGGCGCGAGUUGACUAAACUGGCGGGACUCACCUCGCGAGUCACCCAGCUGAGGGUGGUGUUGGAUGAGGUUAAUAAGGGGAAGUACACAAGGACUAUGCUGGAUAACAGUACGGCUAAUGGACAUGGGAAUGGACCACCAAUGAUCCUAGCACCAGGAGCAGGCAGAAUCAUCUAUCAGGACAACAUUAUCAAGUUUGACAAGGUUCCAUUAGUGACUCCCAAUGGAGACGUUCUCAUAAAGGAGCUCUGUUUCGAAGUCAAGUCCGGUAUAAACGUGCUAGUGUGCGGCCCCAACGGCUGCGGCAAAUCCUCCAUGUUCCGGACUCUGGGCGAGCUGUGGCCCGUGUUCGGAGGCGCGCUGACCAAGCCGCCGCGCGGCAAGCUGUUCUACGUGCCGCAGCGCCCCUACAUGACGCUGGGCACCUUCAGGGACCAGAUAAUCUACCCGCAAACGCGCGAAGAGAUGCUCCGGCGCGGGCGCUCGGACGCCGAGCUGACCAAGUUCCUUGACAUCGUGCAGCUGAGCUACCUGUCGCAGCGCGACGGCGGCUGGGAUGCCGUCGAGGACUGGAUGGACGUGUUGUCCGGCGGCGAGAAGCAGCGGGUCGCCAUGGCGCGUCUGUUCUACCACGAGCCGCAGUUCGCGAUCCUGGACGAGUGCACGAGCGCCGUGUCCGUCGAUGUGGAGGGACAGAUGUACCAGUACUGUCGGGAGAUGGGCAUAUCCCUGUUCACGGUCUCCCACCGGAAGUCCCUGUGGAAGCACCACGACCACUUCCUGCAGAUGGACGGUCUCGGCGGCUACGUGUUCGGCGAGAUCGACGGAGAGACGCAGGAGUUUGGGUCGUGAUCCACGCGAGGCAGACAGGAGGAGGGUGGACUUGAGAAAAAAAUAUGAUAAGUUGAGG